AUGGCCACCAACCCAGCGCCACUGUACAAGGUGACCGCCAGCCCGGAGCCACUGAAGAGGAUGGUGUCACGGAUCAAAAAGCUCAAUCCUGGAGACCUCAUUAAAAUCCAUCGAGGUGGAUAUCAUCACUUGGCACUCUAUAUUGGAGAGGGCUAUGUCAUUCAUUUAGCUCCAUCAUCGGAGUACGCUGAUGCCGGGGUCAGCGGUUUGAAGUCAAUAGCACAAUCCAUUGCCACAGUGAAGAAAGAAAAACUGCAGGAUGUGGUCGGCAAAGAUGUGUACCAUAUCUACAAUGUCUUGGAUAACCAAUCUACUCCACUUCCCACUCCGGAUAUAAUACAGAAAGCACAGAGCCUUGUGGGGACGGUACUUCCAUACAAUCUGGCCACACGUAACUGUGAACACUUUGUUACUGAGUUAAGAUACGGAACACCAAAAUCGCAGCAGGUACAGUUAUCCGGCAUGACCUUUUAUAUCCGAAUUAUACUGUACUCAUAAAUGUCUCAAAUGUGACUAUAUUAAACAUUAUAUUAUGUCAAAAAUGUUUUGGUUAUUUAGAUAUAUAAGGCGUGUUAGCCUUUCAUAUUAAUAAUACAUCACAUAAUAUAUUAUAAUAAUUCACAAAUACAUCAAAUUAUAAUUAAAUGGCUAAGACAUCAGGAUUAAGGACACAAUGGCAACAACUUUUCACACCAUGAAUUAAUACAAAUGCUUUCUGUUUAUUUUCACAGGUGCAAAAUUUUGUCACCGUUGCUGGAGUUAUUG